AUGGCUUCUUCUCAUCACACCGCUGUGUUGAUGCUUUUGGUUGCACUGUUGCUGAGUUCCGCCGUUGCUAGAUCAUCCCCCAACUCUUCUCCGUUUCCAUCACCUGCUAUUUCUCCCUCAGCUGACUCACCAGUGGCCUCUCCUUCACCAUCUGGACCAUCGCCUGCGAUUUCUCCCUCCGCUAGCUCAACGGCAUCUUCAUCUGCUCCCGUACCUGUGAAGAGCAGUCCUUCUCCUUCACCGUCUGCCAUCAACUCUCCACCAUCUCCUCAAGCUUCACCUGCAGCUACUCCUGCUAUUACUCCAUCGUCGAUCUCUAUCCCUCCAUCUAAAGUACCAUCAACGUCCACAAACGACGCCGCUUUGAACAGAUUUACAGUUGCUGGAUCUGCUGCUGUCGUGGUUUUCGCUGCUGCUUUGAUGAUGUAG